AUGUCUCGUCGUUGGGCGCGAAAGGUUGAGCGCUGCUGCUGCACUCUCGCAACCUACAUCCCUUUGACCUUCGUCUACGGGUUGACCACCUGGGCCGUUUGGGUGGAUGUCGCCAUCGGGUCAGCGCCCUCGAAAGCUUCUUGGCUCGGAUCCGCGUCGUCCUUCGGCGCCCUUCUCCUCUAUGGCUUGCUCAACUGGUCUUAUACCACUGCCGUCUUCACAAGUCCAGGCAGCACAACGAACGAUGAUGGCUACGGCAUCCUACCGACCGAGGCCCCGCCGGCCGCCACCUCCUUUACCGUUAAGUCGAACGGUGAGUUGCGAUUCUGCAAGAAGUGCCAGGCAAGGAAACCGGACCGCGCCCAUCACUGUUCGACCUGCCGUCGGUGCGUCCUGAAGAUGGACCACCACUGCCCUUGGCUGGCAACCUGUAUCGGCCUCAGGAACCACAAAGCUUUCCUACUAUUCCUAAUCUACACGACGCUCUUCUGCUUCUACAGCUUCUUUGUCUCUGGCAGCUGGGUGUAUAUGGAGGUCAUUAACAACACGACGUAUGUUGAGACGCUAAUGCCCGUCAACUAUGUUAUCCUUAGCGUCAUUGCUGGCAUCAUUGGCAUCGUCGUGGGCGCCUUUACUGGAUGGCACAUCAUGCUCGCGAGUCGCGGCCAGACGACGAUUGAGUGCUUGGAGAAGACGCGAUACCUGUCGCCGCUGAAAAAGCAGAUGCAGCACCAGUUUGUCGCCCAGCACAACGGCGAGGGCAUCCCUCUACCCGCAUACGGGCAGCAGCUCCUGGACAUUCACGCGAACGCCCUUCCGGGCAUCACACGGCCAGAGGAGGGCGAGGAAUACAGGGGUCAACCGGGCGGCUCGAGGCCGAUGCAUAAUUCCUAUGAAGAGAUGGAACGCGAGCGCGCGAAGAAGCGCUACGAAGAGUACCUCGACGAGCAAGACUCUGAGAAACUCCCCAACGCUUUUGACCUUGGCGCGAAACGCAACCUUCUGCACCUCUUCGGCCCCAAGCCUAUCUUGUGGUUUAUUCCUAUCUGCAACACCACCGGUGACGGCUGGUCAUGGGAGCCCAGUCCCAAAUGGCUAGCGGCGCGUGAACGGCUUGCUAGGGAGCGCGAGGAGCAGCGUGCCCGAGAGAUUAACGCCGGCUGGGGCACUGAUGAACCCCCAGCAUUCAUGCAGAACGCGCCUACCAAGCCGGAUGGCGCAGGCCGUCACUACCUCACCUCGCCCCCUCCUAAUGCCAAUGGUGCACGUAGAAUGCCCUCCAAGGCUGACCGGGUGCUGGGGCGUGACCCCAACCUCUACGCCGAUGGGUUCCAGGAAUCGAUGCCGAUGCGGAAGCUUAGCCCGCGCGGCCGCGCGCUGGAGGACGAUCUCGAAGGCAGCGACCUCGACAUGGAAGACCCCGUGGCGGCGGAGCACCGGGCAUUGAACCUCGUCACCAAUGGCGGCUGGGGACGCAGUGGCGCCAGCGGAGUGUUGAGAAAACACAGCCCAACUUCACCAUCGUUCAGGGACCAGCCAAACAAUGACGAUGACGUGGAUUAA